AGGUAGAGCGAAGCUUAGGGAGAGAGAGAGAGAGAGGAGACAAAUGGAUGCGGUGGAUCGUCUCUGCUCGUGCUAUCUCCUCUUUUUCUGUCUUCUGAUCUCAGGUUCAGUGCACCAAACAAUUAGCAUUGGAGUUGGAAUCAACUAUGGGCAGAUUGCUAACGAUCUUCCUCCACCUACACGAGUAGCUACCCUUCUUAGAUCCCUAAACAUCAGCAGAAUUAAACUCUACGAUGCUGAUCAGAAUGUCCUAAGUGCCUUCCUCAACUCCAAUGUUGAGUUCAUCAUUGGAAUAGGAAAUGAGAAUGUUCAGAGCAUGAUGGACGUCACCCAAGCUCAGGCCUGGCUUCAACAGUUCGUCGAGCCCUACAUUCCGAAUGCUCGAAUCGCUUGCAUCACUGUAGGAAAUGAGGUCUACUCAAGCAAUGACACCACCUUGAUGGCCAAUCUCCUGCCUGCUAUGCAGUCAGUGUACCAAGCCCUGAUCUCCAUUGGCUUAGACAAACAAAUAAAGGUCACCACUGCACAUUCUCUCAAUAUCUUAUCAAACUCCUUUCCUCCUUCCUCUGGUUCUUUUCGUGGAGAUCUUGCUCAGUACAUCCAGCCCCUCCUCAAUUUCCAUGUCAUGGCCAACUCUCCAUUCCUCAUAAAUGCCUAUCCUUACUUUGCUUACAAAGAUAAUCCAAACUCCAUCUCAUUACAAUAUGUUCUCUUCGAACCGAAUCCGGGAGUCAUUGAUCCAAACACCAACCUGAAAUAUGAUAACAUGCUCUAUGCUCAGAUUGACUCAGUUUAUUCUGCAAUCAAGGCAAUGGGCCACACCGAUGUCGAUGUACGAAUUUCGGAGACCGGAUGGCCAUCCAAAGGGGAUCCAACUGAGUUUGGGGCCACCCCAGAGAAUGCUGCUGCUUAUAAUGGUAAUUUGUUGCAGAGAAUAUCAAUGAAUCAAGGCACGCCAUUGAUGCCAUCGGUGCCCAUCGACAUCCAUGUUUUUGCUUUAUUCAAUGAGAAUUUAAAGCCGGGACCAACUUCUGAGAGAAACUAUGGACUUUUCUAUCCUGAUGGCACCCCGGUUUACAACAUUGGGCUGAAGACUGGCCACCUUUCAGGAAUUUCAAACUCACCAGCUUCAAAGCAUUUGAUCAUAGCAGGCUUCUUUUUUUCACUCAUCACAGCAUUAUUUUCUGCUUUGAUACUAUACAGUGACAGAUGAAAAAUUGCCUCCCAAAAUAUCUAUCGUAUGAAGGGAGAGCCGUUGCUACUGCAAAACUUGGCUUCGUCUUCAUUUUGUUCACAGUUAGGUAUGUUAAUUUGAUCUCUCCUUUGUCUUUUUCCACAAUCUUCAUUUAUUAAUAUUGAAAAUCACUGCAGAAAACAUUGACUAUCGCCCUAUUAAACCAUUUUUAAUCCCAUUAACUCCCCAUACUUUUCUUUGUCUCAAUCAUUCUUAUUCAUCUCUGAUACAGAUAUGCGUCAUGGGCAGGUAACACCCUGACUGCAUAUCCAAGAAAAAAAUAUAAUGAAUAUCUUAUCCCUUCGUAGAUAUUCUCAUUCCCAUUGGUAGUCUUAAUUAGUGCAUGCUUUUCUUUUUCUCUCUUUUAUUGUCCCUCUCGUUUUCUUAAUGACUUUCUGUCGCUUUUAGGCUAUAACGCUAGAUCGUCUUAGAAAAAUAUAUAGAUCAGAUGCCUUCAAUUAAUGCGUAAUUUCCUCUUAUUAGGUUCAGCUUUGUAGUCUCUGAGUUAGUUUUCAACUUAUUAAGGAGUCUUGAUACGUUUUAGGAUUCAUUUGAGUCGAGAAAUUAUUCUCUUUGGAGAUCGGAAGCCUGUUCGGAGACCAAACAGAAUGUGCCACGUUAGCUGUACCGAGCCGCGGUACCAAGCAAAGGGUGAUAUGGCAUAUUCUGGUUGGUCUCCGGACGGCAUUUUGUUUCCGUACAUAACAAUCAAUCAUUUGGGACUGCUUUCUUCCUACAUUUUAAAGUAAUUUUUGUUCUAUAAAGCCACUGUAAGAAACAGUAAGAAAGCUGUUUCAAAUUAAGCC